AACAUGGCGACGGCGUUGAACGGACGCGGGUUUCUGGGAACUUUGCUGCUCUUGACCCACCUCGCUGUUGGCGUCCGUGCCGAAGCGGCCCUAGCGGAGCCGCGGACCGCCACGCGGAUUCUAGGCAUGCGGCUAGAGCGCAGCGACACGCCGGCCGCGACCACCGACCGCGGGGUGAUCCAGGUAACCGAGGGCAGCGACAUCCUGGUCCGGUUCUACGGGCUCCACUUGUUCCCCAACAGUUCCGCGCUGGUCCGCUUCACGGAACUCUACUCUAGCGAGUCGGAGGACGAUGCGCAUGGCGCCGUGGAUGUGUCUCUUAAUAGGACUUGCCCGGAACAUAGCAAGGAUCUGCUGGUGAAGGGCACCAUGGACGUGAGUAAUCGCAACACCUCUGGGGUGGCAAGCGUCGUCGUCAAGCAGCUCCGCAAAAGCGAGGUGGUCAAGGUGUUCGCUCUGUGCGUGCGGGACCCCCUGGACCCGCCGGACGCCUGGUCCCUGCUGGACGAGAUGGACGGGAGGGUGCGCGUGGUGGAGGUCAAGAAGUCUCUGCUCCCCAUCUGGCUCCAGGUGAUCCUCAUCUCAUUUCUCCUGGUCCUGUCGGGCAUGUUCAGCGGGCUGAACUUGGGCCUCAUGGCCCUGGACCCUAUGGAGCUGCGCAUCGUGCAGAGCUGUGGCACGGAGAAGGAGAAAAAGUACGCCCGCAAGAUCGAGCCCAUCCGUCGUAAGGGAAACUACCUGUUGUGUUCGCUCCUGCUGGGCAACGUGCUGGUGAACACUACGCUCACUAUCCUGCUGGAUGACCUGACUAAAUCGGGCGUGGGCGCUGUGGUGGCCUCCACGGUGGGCAUCGUCAUCUUCGGCGAGAUCGUGCCGCAGGCGCUGUGCUCGCGGCAUGGCCUGGCGGUGGGCGCAAACACCAUCCUAGUCACCAAACUCUUCAUGCUCCUCACCUUCCCAUUGUCGUGGCCAAUCAGCAAGAUCCUGGACUGCGUGCUGGGCCAGGAGAUUGGCACCGUCUACAACCGCGAGAAACUGGUAGAGAUGCUGAAGGUGACGGAGCCCUACAACGACUUGGUCAAGGAGGAGCUUAACAUGAUCCAGGGGGCGCUGGAGCUGCGCACCAAGACGGUGGAGGACGUGAUGACGCCGUUGGGUAACUGCUUCAUGAUCCACAGCGACGCCGUGCUGGACUUCAACACCAUGUCUGAGAUCAUGGAGAGCGGCUACACGCGGAUCCCAGUCUACGAGGGCGAGCGCUCCAAUAUUGUGGACGUGCUCUUCGUCAAGGACCUGGCCUUCGUUGAUCCGGACGACUGCACCUUGCUCAAGACUAUCACAAAGUUCUAUAACCACCCCGUACACUUUGUCUUCCAUGACACAAAGCUGGACUCCAUGCUGGAAGAGUUCAAGAAAGGCAAAUCCCACCUGGCCAUCGUGCAGAAGGUGAACAACGAGGGCGAAGGUGACCCCUUUUACGAGGUCCUAGGCCUGGUCACGCUAGAGGAUGUCAUCGAGGAAAUCAUCAAAUCGGAGAUUUUGGACGAGUCGGACCAGUAUACUGACAACCGCACCAGAAAGAAGGUGGCACCCAACAAAAACAAGAGGGACUUCUCGGCCUUCAAGCACGAGACAGAGUCCAAGGUGAAGAUUUCCCCUCAGUUGCUGCUUGCUGCGCACCGCUUCCUGGCUACAGAGGUCACCCUAUUCAGCCCGGCUCAGAUCUCCGACAAGGUGCUGCUAAGAAUCCUGCGCCACCCCGACGUCAUCCAAGAGAUCAAGUUCAACGAGAAUGACAAAUGCUCGCCGCAUCACUACAUCUACCAGAGAGGAAAAUCUGUUGACUACUUCAUUCUCAUACUGCAGGGUCGAGUGGAAGUGGAGGCCGGCAACGAGAACAUGAAAUUUGAGACUGGGCCAUUCUCCUACUACGGCAUCAUGGCACUCAGUGCUCCAAUGCUAGCAGCCGCUCCCCGUCCUCGCCUCCUCUCCUUUAAGAGGUUUUCUCUGUUCGCUCGCUUGCCAGGUAAAACCGUGUCCUAUGACUCACUGAGGCCUCCUGCUGGACGACUCACGCUGACUGGUAAUCAGUUCCGAUCACCGUCACACCUCAGCGGCCUGAACCGCACUUCGUCGCUGAGUGGCACCGACCGAGCCGAUUCGCUGUCGGUGGGUGGCAGCACUUGUCAGCUCAACAGCCUGCUCAGCAGUCAGCUCAACUGCAGCACCGUCUACACGCCCGACUUCUACGUGCGAGCCCUCACCGAUCUGCAGUACGUCAAGAUCACUCGCUCGCAGUACCAGAACGGUCUGAUGGCAUCACGUCUGGACAGCACGCAACAGUCGCCCGAGAGCGUCCACGAAGCGGCCGAUCCCGCCGACGUCACCCUGGCCGAAACGGACCCCGCGGGGCCUGCGGAGAACGGGCCCGACGAGACCACAUUGCUGCUGCUCAACGAACAGAACUCGCCCUGCGACGCCAACCACCGAGGACAGCUGGACAACAGCGUCUGA